AUGGCCAAGAAGGACAAGGGCAAGAAGGAGGCCAAGAAAGCUCGAGUGGCAGCUAAGCAGGAGAAGGUCGCCAAAAAGUCUGAAAAGAAGGCCAAGAACAAGAAAGAUGCCGACGACAGCGAUGUCGAAGAGGCCGAUCUGGACGCAAUCCUAGCAGAAUACGCAAAGAAGCAAGAACAAUUCUUGAAGGUUACCGAAGAUACUGUUUCUGGCCCGUCACCAAGAAGUGCUUCCACUUUUAUCGCCUCACCUUCGGACGGCAGAGAACUUUUCCUGUUUGGAGGCGAACACUACAAUGGAGCCAUCGCAAACUUCUACAACGACUUGUACAUUUACAGAAUUAAUUCGGAUGAAUGGCGCAAGGUGACGAGUCCUAACUCGCCUCUGCCUCGUAGUGGACAUGCUAUGUGCAGAGGCGGCAAUGCUGGUGGCAUCUACAUGUUCGGUGGAGAAUUCAGUUCACCGAAACAGGGCACUUUCUACCAUUACAACGAUUUCUGGAGCUUGGAGCCAUCGACCAGGGAGUGGACCAAGAUUGAGACCAAGGGACCAUCUCCAUCCGCCAGAAGUGGGCAUCGUAUGGUGGCCUUUAAACGCUACAUCAUCCUUUUCGGAGGCUUCCAGGACACAUCACAACAAACCAAGUAUUUGAAUGAUCUCUACAUCUACGACUGUCAAACAUUCCAAUGGCAUAUCCCGGUCCUGCCGCCUGCCGCUAUGCGACCCGAUCCUAGGUCGUCUUUCUCCUUUCUGCCUCACGAGACUGGAGCAGUUCUAUACGGUGGAUACUCCAGAAUCAAGACUUCGGCCUCGGCUGGGAAAUCGAAGGGAGGCAGACAAGCUUCUCGUGUCAUCAUGAAACCUAUGGUACAUCAAGACACUUGGUUCUUGCGUAUCACGCCACCUCCUGCGGAAGCUCCUAUGAACACAUUACCAACAGUCCGUUGGGAGAAGAGAAAGAAGCCAGUCAACUCGCCCAACCCAGCUCGCGCUGGAGCGACUAUGGUGCACCACAAGGGAAGAGGCAUUGCAUUUGGUGGUGUGCACGAUGUCGAGGAAGACGAAGAGGGCAUUGACAGCGAGUUCUUCAACCAGUUGCUUGCUUUCAACAUCGAUCGUAACCGUUUCUUCCAAUUGAGUCUCAGGAAGCCGCGUGCUCAGCCCGCAAAGAAGCAAGGCGGUGGCAACGAACGUGGCGGUAGACGUGGAAGAGGAAAGGCAGAUGAAGAAGAGCUGUUGCGCAAUCUUGCUCUCAUCGAGGGUAAGGGCUCUCUGGACGACGGUGAGCUUACUAUCAAGCGUGAUGACGACUCCGACGAUGAGGACGUCAAGAUCGAGAAGCCUGUACAAUACGAGAUGCCUCAUCCUCGAUUCAACGCUCAGCUCGCAGUACAAGACGACACUCUCUAUAUCUAUGGUGGCACUUUCGAAAAGGGCGAUCGCGAGUUCACCUUCGACGAGAUGCACAGUAUCGAUCUCGGCAAGCUGGAUGGCGCUAAAGAGAUCUUCCGUCGCGAGCUCGAAGACUGGCAGGGCAGUGAGGAUGAGGACAGCGAGGAUGAAGACGAGGAUGAGGACGAUGAGGAAGACGAGAGCGAAGACGAGACCGCCGGCACUUCCACUCCUGCCACCUCUGUUGCACCCGAAGAGAUUGCCAAGCCUGAAGAUGUGGCCAAGAAGCAAGCAGCAGAAGACGAAGAGCCAGAAGAUGAGGCUGCGACCGAGAAAUCCGACGGUCUUCCUGGCCCGCGUCCCUUCGAAUCUCUGCGCGAGUUCUUCUCUCGCACAAACCACCAAUGGCAAGACAUCAUUCUGGAGGAGCACAAGUUUAAGCAUGCAACCCAGAUUACAGAGAGAUCGGUCAAGGAGAUCCGUAAGAGUGCAUUCGAGCGUGCUGAACAGAAAUGGUGGGAUGUCAGAGAAGAGAUGCAAGUUCUGGAAGACGAGCAGGAGGCUGCCGGGAUUGGUGAAGUUGUUGCACUCGAGUCUCGCGGCGAAGGUAGCGGUGGCGGUGGUGCUGGCAGAAGAAGGUGA